AUGGAUGAAAUGCUUGCCAAACCACCCUCCGAUUGUUGCUUCCGUCCGGGAUCUCAACAAAUUGGAACGCCGAGAGGAAACAUACGCCAAAUUGGUGGUGUGGAUACUUACACCUCGAUUCCUCCUGACUCCGUUUCUGCUAAUGGAAACGUCUUACUCUACUUCCCAGAUGCAUUUGGCUUAUAUGAGAAUGCGUUUUUGAUGAUGGAUAAUUUUGCAGCUGCUGGAUAUUUAGUGCUUGGAGUCGAUUACUUUGCAGGUGAUUCUGUAGCCAAACACAACACAACACCACUUUCUGACCCUACCUUUGACUUUGGAGCUUGGACGCAGAAACAUCUGCAUUCUUCAGAGCAGAUUGCAGAAAGUUGGGUCAAAAGUGUUGUAAAGGAGUUUGGAGGCGAGGGAGUAAAGUUUGGGUGUGUGGGAUAUUGUUGGGGUGCUAGAUUCGUCUGCCGCCAACUUUCCAUACAAGGCAUUUGUCGAGUGGGGGUUGUUGCUCAUCCUUCGUUUUUGAGGGAAACUCAUGUUAAAGGUGUGCAAGCGCCGCUGUACAUCGUGGCACCUGCAGAUGACGAGCUAUUCCCACACGAACAACGUAAUCGGACGCAGGAGAUUCUCGCAAAAGGAGAAGUGCACUUUUCGAUGCAGACCUAUUCGAGGGUUGGGCAUGGAUUUGCGACACGAGCGAAUCUUGAAGACCCAUACGCAAAAUGGGCGAAGGAACAAUGCUUGGAGAAGUUUGUGUCUUGGCUGGAUUAUUGGUUGUUGAAGGAGUGA